GAGCGCUUUUCCCGAGACACCAGAGGGAGGAGCCAGGCGGUUGCUAGGGUAUUUUCUGGGGCCAGGCGCACCGCAGGCUGGGAGGCAAAGACUCCAGUUUGGUUCCCUAACUCACACUGGCACCUAAGGCCUAGCUGAUUUCUCCUGAUCUCUGCAAAGUUACUGCAUCAUGCCAGGCCAACGGGGGAGUCGAAGCAAAUUUAACCACCAGAAAACACAAGAACCUCCACAGACCAUUGAAGAGUUCUUAAAGUUUCAAAACUGGGAUCAUUGGCCAAGGGAUGUAUGUAUUACAGAUGAUGAUAAGUGGUCACAUAAUCUGAACAAAAUAAAAGAAGAUAGUUCAUUUAUUAUAAUUUAUACACAUCUAUGGGAAAAUGUCCCUCGAACAUUUGAAUCAAUCGUCAACAUGGAAUCAAGAUUAGAUGAAUGUGCAUCUCUUUUAAAAAUCCAUGCUUCUAAAAUAUUUGAGUGGACAAGCAUGGUUUCCAAACCAGGUUCCUACGGAAAAUUGGAAAAAUACAGUACAUUUCUAAAGAAGGAGCAUACAAAAAAAAAGAUAAUGCUUUCAGAUGAAAUGAAGACAGAGAAGAAUAUAGAGGGCUGCAACUUCAUAGGAUUCAAACAAACCGAGCUUACUCAACUACCCAGACAUUUGGAUGCUGAACGAAUUUAUCUUUUUAUUUUAAAAGCUCAUAACUUUGAGGAACGAGUUUUUCAAAUCUGGAAGACUCAUUUUCUCUCAGAAGCCUCCAUUGCUCUUUUGCAUGACUCCUUUUGGUGGUGGUUUCUCCAUAAAUUUAAGCCUGACAGAGAAAAUCAAGAUUGCUUAUUUGAUAGAAUUUCAACAAGUUAUGUGACGCUUUUCACGAGCAUACCUGUAAGUCGAAAGGAUGCAUUCUUUCAGGUAUAUCCUGAUUGUUUGACACAAGCUAUCUAUGUAACAUUCCUGGAGGCAUUUCCACUAUCUACUAACCUUUUUAAUGAUGAAUUUAAAGAAGAUCUAGGGAAUAAUAUUUUUCUUUGGUUAUCAGGUUUAAAACCUCAAAAAGGCUUUUGGAAACACUGGAAACUGAAAGAUCUCUCCACAACAACCAUCCAUGGUAGCAAGAGAGCACCUUCAAAAUCAAUAAAGGAAAGGAUCGCAAGCAGUCAAGAACGCUUAUCAAAUACUAUUGACUUCAAUUUGGUAAAAAUUUUGAAGAACCCAAGAGCAUAUGCAACUUCCACAUCUAGGGAUGAGUCGAGAUUAUCAAGACCAGCAACAAAGUCCCAUUAUAGUAGCUUUGGUCCAGAGUUUUAUCGUGUUCUCUUCCAUUUUGGAGGUCAGAGUCCACUGAUUUUAUAUUAUCUCAAAAUGCAUGUGACAGGUGGUAUUCCCAAAAUCCAUAGACAAACCAAGAUUAAACUAACUGAAAUACUCCAAGAACCACCACCUGCUCCAACAUACCAAGAUAUUAUAAAGGAGGCAAAAAGACAAUUUGCAAGGAACCUAAAGGAUUUUAGGAUAGAAAAGCACAGAAUUAAUGAAGAAUUAAAACACCUAAAACAGCAGCAAGAAAGAAUCAGCAAGGAGAUUGAUAGGCUCCAAGCAAAGGCUAUCAGGAAACCUUAUGAGAUUCAACAUGACUUUGAGAAUUUUCUACAUAAACUGCGUUCUGAAACUCCAACUGAGAGAGAACUGGCAUCACUGUCGUCAACAUCAUCAGCAGCGUCAUCAAUAGGAGACUACACCUAUGAGGAAGAAGAAUGCUAAGAGAAACCAGAAAUGAACUCUAUUGAAGAAUAAUCCAUACAAUUCAGUUGUGUCAGUUUAAUUGUAGCAGUAUGUUUAAUUCAAGUCCAA